AUAUUUUUAUUAAAAAUUUCAAUGAAAAUUUUUGUUUUCAUAAAUUAUAAUUCAGGAAAACUGAAUUAAAAUAUUUUAUUUUUGUUGUAUGACAAUAGAUGAUUUACUAUAGCGUAAUGGAAGGGAAGACAGUGGUUUUGUUUGUUUGAUUGUGUCGAUAUAAUCAAUUUUCUCAGGUUCCUGGUUGCUAGAUUUAUUUAUUUUUAUCGGAAGAUGAGCGAAAAAAAUCCACCGACUGUUAAUCAGCAAGCUCUUUUAGAGCAGUAUUUGAUUUUGUCCAAAACAGCGAAAGGAGCUGCUGCUGUGGAACUGAUUAAACAAGUUCUUAUAGCUCCUGGAAUUUACGUAUUUGGGGAAUUAUUGGACAUGCCGAAUAUACAAGAAUUGAGCUCGACACAGUAUUCACAAUAUUAUCAACUGCUGCAUCUGUUUGCUUUUGGAACAUAUGCAGAUUACCUAGAAAAUAAAUCUCAAUAUCCUGAAUUAACACCUGCCAUGGUCAAUAAAUUGCGGCAUCUCACAAUUGUUUCCUUAGCAACAAAAACAAAAUGUAUACCAUAUUCUAAGCUCCUGAAAGAGCUGGACAUGAAAAAUUUGAGAGAAUUGGAGGAUCUAAUAAUAGAUGUAAUAUAUGCUGACAUCGUCAGGGGCAAACUAGAUCAGAAAAACAAUCGAUUAGAAGUAGACUACACUGUAGGGAGAGAUAUUAAACCAGCUGAUGUUGAUAUUGUGGUUCAAGUGCUGCAGGAUUGGUCUGAUAGCUGUGAAGUUAUAUUGAACAAUAUAGAAAACCAAAUAUUUAAAGCUAAUUCUAUGAAAGAAAAUCAACUCAAACUUAAGCAGCAAAUUGAUAAUGAGAUUGCUGCUAUUAAAAAGAACAUGAAAACUCAACCUCAGGACGGGGAUUCCGUAGAAGAAAUGAGAGAAGUGCUGCAGCCGGACAAGCCCUCGAAAAAGAAAUCGAACGUAAAAGGAAUCAAAGGCAGUAGUAAGUUUUGGUCAAAAUCGUGAACUCAUGUUUAAAGAAUAACAGUCGAUGAAAGAUGUCUUAUUUUUCCAGACAGUUUGAAGGAAACAUCAUCAAUACACUGUUUUUCUCAUUGUACAUAGGAAACGGAUACAGUUCUUUUUGACAUCAAAUAAUAAAAAUCAUAUAAUUACACUAGAAUAUAUUCUUACAAAAUAUUUGCAUUUACAAAAACACAAAACCCAAAUACUUUAUGCUAAAAUGGAUGAUGACAGUUUGAGAAAGUGAACAGGUGAAUGCACAAUAAUUUAUUUAGGAAAGAGGAUACAAGCUUAUGAUUAUGCUACUGCAAGAUACAUGAAUGAUUACAUAUACAUCUAUAUGUGUAACAAUUGUUUUGGCUUUUUGUUCUUAAUAGAUCUCUUCCAGAAACUACUGCUGAACUAUUUUCAUGAAGUUUUGGCAUUUUCUGUUAAUUCAUUGUAAUUAUAUGUUAAUGCAACCAACCACCUUAGCAGAACUCGCCAACUUUUCAGAAUGUGACAAACUCUGGCGAUCAUAUGCAUAACCAUUCUUUUGACAACCUUGGUCAUAACAAUCCUUCAGUCAAGCAAAUUCUUAUGCAUUGUUUUUGUUUUAUUCCAAAUCCCAACAGUGAACAAAUUGUGAUUUUUUUUUUCUGUAAACUUAUUAUUUAAAAUAUGCAUUGGAAACAAAUGGAAUUUAUCAACAAUUGGCGUUGGAAGGCAAAAAUCUUCAAAAAAAUGGUGAUUCCGGAUUUUUGCAUAUUCAAAUUCUCUACACUUUUAGCUUUCUAAAAAUACCAUUCUUUAAUUUCUAUGAAAAUUAGAACUGUAAAAAAUUUAGUUUAAUUUGUCAUCGAAUGCUUUGAUAAAUGAGGAUUUAUACAU